AUGUUUAUGCUGCGUAAUGUGAGCAAGUUUAUCUUUGGUGAUAACUCCAAAGAGUCCAUCAUCGAUAUCCCGCAGGGCCAGCUUUACCUCGUCCGCCCUCUGUCGCCAAAGGGUUACUCUGAGCUUAUCUUCAAAGACGCCGCCGCUUCGAUUCGACGAACCGGCCAGGAGUUUCAGUACCAACUUGUGAUCCAACGCGCCUACGAGGAAGGAGAGGAAGAGCUUGCCGAAGACGAGUCUGGCGAAGGGCUCAGUGAUAGCUUGGACAAGGACGAGAAGGCUUUUCUUCUCGAUCAAAACCUUCAUUUCCGAUCGGAAGUCCGUGAAGGAGGCUCGAAGAUCCUGGCUUGGAGAGAUCUAAGUGGCGACGCCGGUGACCUCUUUGAGUUUAUCUGCGAUCCCUCUGUCCCGUCAGACAAGGUUUCCACCUUCGAGUUAGCAGCUUGUCAGUGCCAAUACGAGCGCAAGUACCGCCGCAGCGCCCAGAAAGCGACUCAAGAAGAGCUUCUGGAAUUUUCGUUCGACGAGGAAAGGCCUAUUCCAUCGGCAAGCCCGGUUGCGUCGCCCACAAAAACACGGGCGCAUUCGGUGGCAUCCGCAGACUCCACCAUGGUUCGAGACGCUGAAUAUACUCGUUCUAAGAAGCAGCUCGCUGCCCCAGCUCUUGGGGAUGAGCCUACCGUCGCUCCGCCUUCCGCUGCCCAGCCUGAAGCGAGAGAAGUGCUAACCAAGGAGCGAGCGGAGCUGCAUCUCUUUGAUUUCCAGAGCGGAACAUUUGUGAUGCAAGACCCCGACGUGACCGCCACAGUAACAGAAGUUGGCGAUUGGCAAUACUGGCUUCAGAUUAGCGGAAAGGACAAGGAUUGGCUCGGUCAGGCCGUGGUGGCAGAUAUCAAUCCAGUUUUCAACUUUGAGUACUUGUCGUUCAUCUUCAACCACUACGAUGGGAUUGGAUCAGCAUAUUCCUGGCUCCUGCGUUUCAAAGACCAAGAAACGGAAGAGAGGUUUCAGCAGGGUCUGUUGCAAGCUCUUUGGGAGCAGUUGAACGAGACCAAAUGGACAAAAGUUAAAGACAAUGACAAGGAUUAUGUCUUGGACGCUUUCCAGGACCUAACGAUGGAAGAUGCAGAUGCGGCAGAUCAGGAAGAAGAGGAAGAGGAAGAGGAGGAAGAAGAGGAGGCGAACGACGGUCAGCGUAGUGAGCACUACGAUUCUGAUGAAGAGCAAGACGACGUUGUGACGCGCGACGAGGACGGCAAUAUUAACUCCCAGCUCGCCGUUGGCUACAAACAUGAUCGUUCCUUCGUCGUCCGUGGUUCGAAGAUCGGAGUCUUCAAGCACACGCCGGACAACAAUCUCGAGUUCUCAACCAACAUCUCGAAGGUUGAAACUCCCAAGGGCAAGUUGUUCAGCCCUAAGAAAGUCAUGCUGCACGCAGAAGACUCGAACUUGAUCCUUCAGAAUGGCGACGACCCCAAGUCCCUGUACCGCAUGGAUUUGGAGUAUGGUAAGAUUAUCGACGAAUGGAAGAUCCACGAUGAUAUCCCGGUCCAAACUUUUGCCCCUGAAAGUAAAUUUUCACAAAUGACCUCCGCUCAACCCUUCGUUGCAGCAUCUCACAAUGCCCUUUUCCGUGUUGACCCUCGUGUGGCUGGAAACAAGCUGGUCGAUGCGGAACUAAAGCAGUAUGCGAGCAAGAACGAUUUUUCUGCGCUGGCGACAACGGAGAAGGGGUACCUUGCUGUGGCUUCGAACAAGGGUGACAUCCGUAUGUUCGACCGCCUUGGUAUCAACGCAAAGACCCAUAUUCCAGCACUGGGAGAGGCUAUCAUCGGUCUAGAUGUGUCUGCUGACGGCCGAUGGGUUCUUGCUACUUGCCGCACAUAUCUACUCCUCAUCGAUGCUCUGCAAAAGGAUGGCAAGAACGAAGGCAAGCUUGGGUUCGAGCGUUCUUUUGCCAAAGACUCUAAGCCGCAACCUCGGCGUCUUGGUCUAACACCCGCUCAUGUGGCGCAAUUCCAACACGAGACGAAGAAACCUAUCUCAUUUACGCCAGCCCGCUUCAACACUGGCGUUGACACUGAAGAGACUUCUAUUGUCACCGCCACAGGGCCUUUCAUCGUUACUUGGAGCCUGAAGAAGGUUGUUGCAGGUCGCAAAGACCCCUACACCAUCAAGCGCUACUCCGAGGAUGUGAUGGCGGACAACUUCCGCUUUGGCUCAGAUAAGAAUGUCAUUGUUGCGCUUCCAAAUGAGGUCAACAUGGUUGCCAGGAAGGCUCUACAGAGGCCUACCCGCGAGAGUAUUGCUGGCCCGGUUACGCCCAGCCGUCGCGCCACUCGCUGGGGCAGCCGGCUCGGGAGGGAUGAUAUCGUCAACUCACCUUAUUAGUGGAUUUUCUUUUGUUCUUCACGUCUGCCACGUCCUGAUGAUUACGUGAUUUGCUCUUGACAUAUGCAUACCCCUGUCGUUUGUAAUAUCUUAUUAUUGAGCUUUCUAAACAUUCCAGUUGUUCUUCUACCAUUUUCCUAUGUUCAUUGUAAUUUUUAAUAUUCCUUGAGGCUGAUGUCGCUUGGAACAUAGUACCACACAAUAGCUAGUAGCUAGAAAGAAUGGCAGUGUAUAUCUACAA